UCCUUAGAUAAUGAUUCGUUCCUGUCACAUCCUAAUAUCACAACACGAACUAUAUCUUCAUCAUCUGCAUCAAUGAUGAGUACCCCAAGUAAUAAUAUACGACGCAUUCAAGAGCAACGACAUUCACAAUUUCAGAUGCAAAAUAGGAAUGGAUCACAGAAUCAAGCACGUCAUAAUCUAUAUGGAAGUGGUCCACUGCAUUCUCAACAACAAUUAUCAUCUUCAAAUCAACAUGAUUAUAGAAAGAAACGACAAUCAAGUCGAUUAACAAGUAAAAGAACCACAAAUACAAAUGUUAAAAGUAAAUUACUCAAUCUUCAGCAAUCUUCAAAGCACUAUUAUGCUAAUAAUGUCGAAAGUAUGGCGGCUGCCAACAUCUCUCAAACUAUGGAAAGUUUUGCUAUUCGUAAACCGAUUGACAAUUCAUCUACUUUUGAUCAUUCAGUAUUUACCAGCGCCGCACUUCAAUCAUAUACACAUGAAAAUGCUCAUACGGACCCCAUGAGAGUAGUACCACCUGUAAAGGAAUCUCAAAUAAAAGCAUGGGAAUCAGCAGAAAAAGUUGCAGCCAGUUUAAUUUUCAAUAAUUCAAGUGACUCUUCUGAUGAUGAAUCGUAUACAUCAAAUCAUAUACUGGGAGAUAAUAAGAAUAUAAUUAAGAGCUUACCUGGAUAUACUACAAAUGAAUUAGAAAUUGUUAAUUCUCGAUAUCAAGAAUUUCAAAGAAGAACAAAAAGUCAACCAACAAGUGAGGAAUACUUUGCAUAUAUGGAGCAAGAAGAAAAAAAAUUAUUAUGGGAAUAUAGACAAAGACACCAAGUAUCACAAGAGAGAGUAUUUGCACAAUAUCUGUCAUUGAAUGAUAAACGGAAAAUACAAAUAUCACAAAAGAAGGAAUUAUUGAGUAGAAUCUUUGGAUCAGGAAACAAUUUGAAUUGUAAUUUUAUCACCAACAAUCUAUCAAUGCCAAUUCUUGAAAACAAUUAUGCAACAUCACAACAGACUUUCCAAGAAGAUAAAGAAGAGAUUAGUCAAUUGUUAGAAGAACAUGGAAGUUAUAAAGCUAAUCUCGAAGAUGCAUUGAAAGUAUUUAUGUCAUCCAAAAAUCAAUUCUUUAGUAUUAAUUCUAAGGCAAGAAUGAAGAAUCGAGAAGGGGCUAAUGAUGACGAAGAGAAUGAUGAUGAUGAUGAGAAUGAUGAUGAAAACAUGGACGAAUUUAAUAGAGAAAAAUUUGAACAAUUGAUUUCUCUUCAGUUAAAUAAACGAUACGAGGAACAAAUUGCAAAACUUUCCGAGGAUGAUACAGAUGAAGGAAGGUUCAAAUUAAAUGCUAACAUUGAAAAAACUGAAGAAGAAAAUAAUGAAGAAGACGAGGAACUUCAAAAUUUUGGAUUGGAGUUUCUUAGGAAAUGUUUAAAGGAAGAAACUGAAUCUUCAAGUACAAAUGAUCUCGAAGUAUUCUAG